CUUUUCCAUGAUUUUGAGGAUGUCACGAUCAUUCUCCAGUCAAUCCAAAGCGAAUACUUUUAUUGCUUUCAGAGUUCUGAUUUCAGUGUUGGAAGCUAUGAUGACUUCUCGGCUUACUUCAGAUCCUCCAAAACGUGGUAUCUAGCGGCUGGUAUUCUUUCUCCCAAGCUUGUACCGGCAAAAACAGUGGUUGCUUUAUCCGCAAAAGACGUCUACAAAGAUGAAUUUCAAGAAUUUGAUAAGAUUCUUGUGAGGCAAUUAUACCUUCCUCCUUGGUCGUUAGAGGAGUUGUUAUUUUGUCAGAAACAUAUCUUCCAAAAUGUACCGAAAGACAUAAUGUUGAAUCUUUAUGACAAGGUGGGUGGUGUGCCGAGAUACGUUCUCCGAAGGGCUGAUGACGCGUUGCAAUACUGUAAGGAUCCAAAAAUGCCCGACGAGAAGGAUAUUAUAAAACGUGCUCUUGGUCGCGUUGCAUCUGCUCUUCAGCGAGUCAAAAAUUUCGAUGACCUUAUACUUUGCGUUACUGAAGAUGCCUACUAUAUUCAAUACAGCAGUUACCUUGUUCACCGAUGGCCGAAUCCUUCUUAUGAUAGUUACUACCUCAAAUGGGCCUCUCGUUAUAUAUACGAUAAUAUUCAGGAAAGGUUAGAGAAGCAAUCAUCGAAUGAUCUUUUGGAGAGAAUUCAAAGGAUGAAAAACUUUCCCAGCGCCAGAGGGAUUAU